GCAAGUCUUUGUGGGCUAUGCACCCUGCCAAUCGAAGGCUGCAGCUUUGCUGAAGUUCGGUGCAGUGGGAACUUUCAGUGUCUCUAACAGCUAUUGGUUUGUGCAUGAAACCCACUUCAAUCACACAGGGGAAUUGUUGAAGAUGUCUACUCAAAGUUUGCCAGUUGCCAGAACAGCUUUUCCUACAAGGCUGUUGCAGCAGUACACACAUUUACUGAGGAUUUACCCAGUCAUCACGAAGUCUGUGACGAGUGGCAUAUUGUCAGCCUUUGGCAACCUAUUGUCGCAAGGCCUGGAGGCAAGAAAAAAGACCAAAGAAGGUGUUCCAGUCAGGGCCUUAAAUCUUGGUGGACUAUUCCAUUAUGCUCUUUAUGGAUUGUGUGUGACUGGUCCUGUGAGCCACUACUAUUACCAGCUGGUAGAGUUACUGUUGCCUGCCUCUGUGCCAUUCAGCAUGAUUAAGAGACUCCUAUUGGACCGCCUCAUCUUCGCUCCAGCUUUCCUGUUGCUUUUCUUCUCUGUAAUGACAAUUUUGGAGCGCAAGACAAGGCAGGACCUGAAGGAUAAAAUGACAAGGACUUAUUGGCCUGCACUGAAGAUGAACUGGUGGAUAUGGACUCCAUUCCAGUUUCUUAACAUCAACUUUGUCCCUGUGCAGUUUCGAGUACUCUUUGCCAAUAUGGUAGCAUUUUUUUGGUAUGCAUAUUUGGCAUCUGUCCGAAAGUGAGAGUCACAACUGAUACUUCCUUCACCUAACGCCACUCUGCCCUUGGAACUGCUUCUUCAGUGCCAUGUUUAUCUUCUGAAGACAAUUUGAGUCGUGAAACUGAUCUAUUACUGUGUGGCUCUGUCUGAUGAGAUGUACAAUGUAAUUACAACUUUGAAGAUUGUAACUGGAAAGAUAUCUGUACUGAAAAUAUCCAGUCAUGUGAAUUACAUACAUUUGUACAACAUAACAUCAAUAGUUUGCAUGUAUGGCUAUGUUGUCCAAAGUGAAAAUAGUCUAAUUGUUGUGAUUUCAGUAAAUGUCUUAUCAUGUUG